GCCACGUUCGGCGGCGGAUGCUACUGGGGCGUCGAGAAGUGGUACGCGAAGGACUUCAACGAGACGCACCCGGGCGCGGUCGUCGCGACGAACGUCGGGUUCAUGGCGCCCAAGGAUGCGAAGGCGAAACCAAAUCCGUCGUACCGCGAGGUGUGCGGCGGACGCACGGGGCACGUCGAGGUGUGCCAGGUGAAGUUCGACGCGACCAAGUGCUCGUACGAGGAUCUGAACGCGCACCUGUACACCUUUCACGACCCGACGACGACGAACCGGCAAGGGAACGACGCGGGGAGCCAGUACGCGAGCGUGAUCUUCGUGCACGACGAGGGACAGAGGAAGGACGCGGAGAGAGUCAACGCGCGGACGCAACGCGCGCUAGACCGGGGGAAGAUAAAGACGUUUCAGCGAGACAAGAUAGUGACGAGGGUGGAGGACGCGACGGAGUAUUACCCCGCGGAGUCGGGUCACCAGCGGUACUUGGAGAAGCACCCGAACGGGUACUGCAACCACCGGAGGCGGUUC